AUGGCGAUGGUUAUAUCUCAAGCGACGAAAGUUGCUAUCGGUGGAUUCCUGGCGCUGAUGAUACUGGGCGCUGUGUUGGUUGUGGGCGCGGCGUUUGGAUGGUUCGAUCCGAAAAGGGAGGAUGAAGACACGCCUGCAAAAAUUAGCGCAAGACUCCAAGGGCGCACAUCCUUCGUUACUCACCGAGCCGUAAACCCAGAAGAAAAUAGACUGCCAGUUGUAUCACAUUCAUCGCCGUAUUUCGUUGGACAAAAAGGUGUUAAAAGGGAUGAAAAUGGCUCAACUGAUGGAACAGUGAAUGGAGAACCGCAGGCUUCCGGCACGCUGGCUAAGCUAGGCAGAUCUACAGAAGCUAACUUACCGAUAUCAGAAUAUUGUCAGUGUACUCCUAAUGAUAUAUCAAGCAUUUUGGAGUCUAUACCGGGAAUAAAGGGUCCACCCGGUCCCCCGGGUCCUACAGGAUCUGAUGGUACUACUGGAGCGCCAGGAAAAACGGGUCAAAUGGGAGAUCAGGGUCCACCUGGACCAACUGGUAUGAAAGGCGAUCAAGGAGAAAAGGGUGAAACUGGCUCACCUGGUAUUGAAGGCCAACCGGGGCCAAAGGGAGAUCCAGGAGCUGAUGGAACGCCUGGCCCACAAGGGCCGGCAGGACCACCCGGACCACCAGGACCAGUAUCUUCGGCUUUAAUAGAAUCAACGGGAUUAUACGGGUCUAGUAAUCGCGGAACUCUUGCUGCUCCGGGAGACAGAGGGCCAAUGGGGUUACCUGGUCCUCAAGGUGAGAGAGGCUAUCCAGGGAAUAAGGGUGAAAAGGGCUUGCAUGGAUCAAAAGGGGAUAAAGGCGAACGUGGUAAUUCUGGGCCUAGAGGGCCACAUGGCGUCAAAGGCGAGAGGGGUCAGGCGGGCCGCGACGGCUUGCCGGGACUUCCGGGCCCACACGGCCGCCCCGCGGAGAAGGGCGAGAAAGGUGCUCGCGGUCCACCGGGGCCACCCCCUACGUACAGUCCAACUUUAUUAGAAAACUCUAUUGGAACUGGACUAGUACGACCGGGGCUGCGUGACGUUACCUCCCUUUCAAAAGGGGGAAAAGGAGAAAAAGGAGAACGAGGAGAAAAGGGUGAAAAGGGUGUAAGAGGUUUAGAAGGUCCUCAAGGAUUCCCAGGUAAUGAUGGUAAGCCCGGUGAACGUGGUGAUAUUGGACCAUCCGGCUUACCCGGGACUCAAGGGGUAUCAGGUAAUACCGGGCCUAAAGGAGAUAAAGGGGAAACAGGUGCGCCUGGACCAGUUGCUAUUUCGAGAGAUGAAGCUGUUAUAAUGACAAAGGGUGAUAAAGGUGAACCUGGUCCAAGAGGAAAACGUGGUCACCCAGGUUCACCAGGAGUUCGAGGCCCACCAGGACUUCCUGGUCCUCCGGGGAUACCAGGCACUAACGGGAUAUCUGGAGAUAUUGGUUUACCAGGAUGGACGGGUCCCCCAGGAGCUACAGGUCAGCCUGGUCCCCAAGGACCUAAAGGUGAAAAAGGUGAUUCUGGAUUUGAUUACGAUAAGGUCAAAGGUGAAAAGGGCGUUCGAGGGGAUGAUGGAACGCCUGGAAGAGAAGGUCCAAGAGGUCCUCCUGGACCUCCUGGAACCCCGGCAACAAAUAUACAGUACAUAUCAGCUCCUGGACCCCCAGGUCCGCCUGGUCCACCUGGAGCUCCGGGUCCUGGUUAUAUCAAUGAGACCCCAGAUACGUUAACCGAUACCCCAGGUACUAAUCGCCGUGGACCAAAUCCGGGCAAACAACGGGACGCAUUGCAAAUACUAAGAAGCUUAAAUCACCUCAUGCAGAAUCGUCAAGAGCUUUACGGUUUGCGAGAUCCAACAGAGAAUUUGGAGGAUGAUAUGGAUUUCGACGAUGAUGAUGAAGGAAAAGCAAUAGUUGGUACCAUUCUGUUCAAGACUACGGAAUCUUUAAUCAAACUCGGCGUAGCCUGUCCUCGAGGUACUUUGGCGUAUAUCAUCCAGGAGCAAGCGCUGCUUGUUCGUGUCAACAACGGCUGGCAAUAUGUCGCGAUGGGUUCACUUUUGGCGAUACAAUCUUCUUCUAACGGUACUCCAACUAGAACUCCACUACAGAAUAUAUUGGAAACUUCGAGUCUUGUGCACCAUAAAAAUCCAGCGGGAGAAGGUCCAGUGUUACGUCUAGCUGCGUUAAAUGAACCACAUACAGGAGAUAUGCACGGUGUCAGCAGCACUAACUACGAGUGCCGGAGGCAAGCACAAAGGGCGGGGCUUGAAGGCACUUUCGGCGCGUUCAUAUCUUCAAGAGUGCAAACUAUCGACUCAAUAGUGAGCUGGGUGGACCGAGAAAUACCUGUAGUGAAUACACGAGGCGACGUUUUGUUCAACUCGUGGGGUGAAAUGUUUGAUGGAUCGGGUGCACUUUUUGCACACGCUCCGAGAAUUUUCAGCUUCAGUGGAAAAAAUGUUCUCGUUGAUCCGAACUGGCAGAUAAAAGCGGUAUGGCACGGCGCCGGACCUAAUGGGGAACCAGCAAUGGACGCGUAUUGUGACGCAUGGCACAGCAGUAGCGGCGAUAAAUUUGGACUAGCAUCAUCACUGCAUUCGAACAAAUUGUUAGACCAAGAAACAUAUUCGUGCAGUACGCGAUUGAUUGUACUUUGUAUUGAAGCGACUCCUGCAGAUACAGUCAGAAGAAAAAAACGGUCCAGGUUACCAGUUGCCGAAAAGUUACGAUUGCUUAAGCCGAUUGAAGAUAGAAAUAACAGCAGACAAGUGUUAUAGAUUUAAUUUCAAAUUAUUAUGUAAGGCAAUUUUUGAAGACUGUAAAUAUUUUAAAUGUAGGCUAAACAGAAAUCUAUCGAAGCAAUUGAUUCCCGUGGAGCAUAAUGACAAUAUUCAAUUGAUCACAAUUUAAUGAAA